UUAGUGAAUUCGUGCGUCAGUUAACGGCUGGAAGAAGCCCUACCCGCGCCAUGUUAGGAGGCUUAGAAGUCGUGCAUUUUUUAAAACCAAACCUCACCCAUGUAUCUUGACGUCUUAUUUUUUUCCCUACGCAUUUCAAUGAUUGUUUUACAAUCCUUUAAGAACAUUAUAUUACCAAAGCCGGCAUCACUUGGACUGUUCCCACCCCCUCCUUAGAAUGUUUCUUGCUGCAGAGAAACUCACCUCUAGUGACAGGCUGAUCUUCAAACACUGCUGGAGAAGGUGUUGGACCUGGGGAAGAGUGGUUGAAGGAACUCAUAGAUCCCUCAGCCAUUUUGCCAUGACAUGAUCAAGAGAGGAUCUGGGUUAAUGCCACUCUAGGACAGUGUUUCCCAGCCUGGAUGACGGAACCCCUUGUGGGGUUAGGAGAUGAAUCUAAGGAGUUGUGAGUGGAAAUGUUUGGGAAUCUGUGGAUGCUCUGCCUCUGUCUGUGCUUCUCCUGGGCCGAAGCUCGUAUAUGGGCCUGGAUGCUCAACAUGCCACACAGCCCGCCCAAAGAAGGAGCAAAGGCCCUUAGAGAAAGCACUCCAGUCAUCAAAGCAGCCACGGCUGUGUGUGACCAUGACAGGGCCUGUGGGCGGGGUUUUUCCUGUGAUCGUCACUUUGGCCUGUGUGUCCCUCUACGAGGGGAGGGCCACUACUGCCGCAGGGACGCCCAGUGUGUCCGUGGCCUCAGCUGCAUGUUUGGGAAGUGCCAUCGCAGCAUCCCCAAUGGACAAGAGGGUGCCAGAUGUAAAGUCGACAGGGACUGUGGGGCAUCCAUGUGUUGCGCCCGACACCACGGUGAGCAGGUGUGCAAGAGACGUCUGAUUCGUGGUGAGAGCUGCUAUGUGCCUGAUGGUGGCCUGGCGUUCAGCAUAAACCAGAUUUGUCCAUGUGACGAGGGGCUGCUGUGUCGUGAAAACGGUGCACCACGAAGGAGGGAGAGAGAUUUUAUUUAUCAGCCAGAACGAACAAGUUGGACCUGUCAAGUGCCCAAACCCUGACACCAGCCUCAAUACUAAAGCUAUUUAUUAUGUAAAUAUGUUGUAUAUGAUUGUAUAUAAUGAAAUGUAUGUAUUUCCAAAUAUGUUCUUACAGCAAGGGUGUUUUCGUAUUAUUUCAUUUCUGUAAAUUUUGGCAAAAGCACUACUGUAUGUAGCUGAGCUCAACAAAACCAUGGUGUCUUCUACAGGAUCUUCCUCAUGCAUUUGUUGAUCUUUGAGUAUAUCUAUAAAUGUCUAUCCCCCUUCAGUUUAAAGAAUAAAAUGAACUCUUUUC